AUGGCAAGGGUAGAUUCUGCCAAAUUUUCGUCAAAGGUUGAAUACAGGGCUGUUAUUAGGUACCUCUACUUAAAAGGGAAACCGGGAAAGGAGAUACAUGAUGAAUUGUCAGAUGUUUAUGGUGACAGUGCACCUUCGUAUGCACCGGUCAAAUUCUGGGUUGCAGAAUUUAAGAGGGGUCGGGUGAACCUGGAAGAUGAGCCACGCCCUGGCAGGCCUGUAGAGGUGACCAAUGACCAAACCAGUGAAGCUGUGAGACAACUGGUUGUCAAAGACAGGCGAAUGAAGGUGUCAGAAAUGGCCAAGGCCUUGGACAUUUCAGAGGGAAGUGUCCAUACCAUUUUGCAUGAUCGUCUGGGUAUGAGGAAGCUGUCUGCUCAUUGGGUCCCGAAAUGUCUGAGUGAUGAUCAGAAGGCUGUACGCCAAUAUGAUGACCCAGAAACCAAAGAACAGAGUAGGCAAUGGACUGGCUUUGCUUCACCCCGUCCCAAAAAGUUUAAGACUCAACCAUCGGCUGGCAAAGUCAUGGCAACCAUCUUUUGGAAUACCAAAGGGGUCUUGCUCAUUGACUACUUGCCACGUGGCCAGACUAUUACUGGAGAGUACUACUCCGAUCUCCUUGACCGUUUGCGGACUGCUAUUCUUGCCAAACGUCGUGGAAAGAUCACAAAAGGUGUGCUGCUCCAACAUGAUAAUGCUAGAGUGCACACCUGUCGACUUGCGGUUGCCGCAGUGAAGCGGAACGGGUUCAAAGUAUUGCCUCUUCCACCUUACUCACCAGACCUGGCACCAAGCGACUACUUUCUCUUCCCAAACUUGAAGAAAGAACUGCGUGGACGUCAUUUCCGGUCCGAUGAUGAACUCACGACAGCAGUGGAGGGGUGGUUACACGAACAACCCCAUGGUUUCUAUCACAACGGGCUUUUAGCUCUCACACAUCGCUGGACAAAGUGCAUAGACCUAAAUGGUGAUUAUGUGGAAAAAGAAGAAGUGAGGAGCAGUAGCAAAUAG